ACCACCCAAACCUCCCUCCCUGCUCCACUCUCCUUGUUUCUCUCUCUCUCCCCUCUCCUCCUCCUCCUCCUCCUCAUCCCCUCCCUCCGUCUGUUGCUGCCCGACUUGCUCCUGACUUGUCCUCCCUCCCUCUGUAUUCCACGCUACCUUGCCUCUCUCUGUCUCUGUUGUUCCCCAUCUCUUUCUCUGCUCUCUAUAUUCAGUGGUGCAACAUGAGGCAGUCUGUGGCUAUCUGUCUGUUUGGACUCUCAGCUCUGCUCCACGUGUCUGAGCAGGGUCCCCACCAGCGUAAUCUAUUGAGGGAGCUACUGAGGGAAUAUAACCGUAUGGAGAGACCUGUUGCCAACGACUCUCUACCACUCACUGUCCGAUUCUCCUACACUCUCUUACAAGUCAUGAAUGUGGAUGAGAAAAACCAGAUCCUCACCACUAAUGCCUGGCUUCAGAUGCAAUGGUUUGACCACUACCUUCAGUGGAACCAGUCAGAGUACCCAGGAGUGAAAACCCUUCGCUUCACUACUGACCAGGUCUGGAUACCUGAUAUACUACUGUACAACAGUGCCCAUGAUAAGUUUGAUGCCACCUUUAAGAGCUAUGUGCUGGUCAACUCCAGUGGAUUCUGUGAGUACCUACCUCCAGGUAUUUUCAGCAGUGCGUGUAAUGUUGACGUGCGUUGGUUUCCAUUUGACAUCCAACGGUGUGAGCUGAAGUUUGGCUCGUGGACGUUUGACGGCUGGCUGCUGGACCUCCAGAUGCAGGAGGCUGACCUGUCAGGAUACAUGUCCAAUGGAGAGUGGGACCUGCUGGGUGUACCAGGUGAUCGUCAUGAGAUAUUUUAUGAGUGCUGUACAGAGCCCUACUCUGAUGUGACCUUUGUUGUGACCCUACGGCGGAGAACUCUGUUCUACGCUCUCAACCUCCUCGUCCCCUGUGUUCUCAUCUCCUCCUUGACACUGCUGUUGUUCAUACUGCCAGCCCGAUCGGGGGAGAAGAUCGGUCUGGGCAUAACAAUUCUUCUCUCUCUGACUGUCUUCAUGUUGCUGGUGGCUGAGAUUAUGCCAGCUACCUCAGACUCCAUACCACUGAUAGGUCAGUAUUUUGUGAGUACCAUGGUUACCGUGGGGAUGUCAGUGGUGGCGACUGUAGUUGUACUUCAGUACCAUCACCACGACCCCAACAGUGGAGACAUGCCUCAAUGGGUUGAGUUGGUUCUACUCCAGUGGGUUCCCUGGUUUCUGAGGAUGAAGCGUCCAGGAGAGUGGGGUGAGCUCACACCCCACCACAGCCCCUCCAACCCCCAGACCAAGACCUGCUUCUCUCCCCCUACCACCACCACCACCCCAGCCCCCUCCACCCUCCCCCAGAGCCUCACCUCUCUGCAGGCCAGUCUAAGCCAGCUCAGCCAGCCCCUACCACACCCACCAUCCAACCCAAUCCUCCAGCCUAAUAUCCACCCUAACCCCAAUCUCCCCUCCACCCCCCACCCUCAGCCCAAUGGACACCGGCCCUACAUUGGCUUCCAGAGUCCUCUUGAACCAGACCCUGCUGUCACCUGGAGAGGAGGAAGAGGAGGAAGGGGUUCUGACAACCCAAUCCUCCACCACCACCCACCCUCCUCCACAAUGUCCGGCAGCCCCCCUCCACAACCCCCCACAUCUCUGGACCCUGACCCCUCAGGCUCCAGCUGUGUGGAGGAUGGGGCUGGAGCAGUCGGAGCAGGUACAUGCCAUGCCCAGGCCGGGGUGUUCCAGGCUGGGGUAGUGGAGGCCCAGCUUCAGGCCCUGCUGGAGGAGGUUCAGUUCCUGGCCAAUCGUUUCCGUGAGCAGGACCGCAGGGUGAGCGUGGCGGAGAAGUGGCAGUUUGCAGCGGCGGUCAUCGACCGUCUGUGUCUGGUGGGGUUCAGUGUGUUCAACAUCAUCUGUACCAUCACCAUCCUCAUGGCCGCACCCAACUUUGUGGAGGCUGCCUCCAAGGACUUCUUCUGAGAAGGAGAGAGCGGGAAGAGGAGAGAGGG